GACGGUGCAGGCGCAGAGAAUUGGGUUUGGCUGGACUCGAUUUAAAGAGACAGAAGCUGUCGGGGUCCAAGAAGACGGUCCCCAAGACCCUCUCCCCAAGUCCUUGGGACCACUUGGGUCCCCAAAGCUGGGGAGAUGGUUUGCGGUGGCUUUGCCUGCUCCAAGAAUGCGCUGUGCGCGCUGAACGUGGUCUACAUGCUGGUAGGCUUGUUGCUCAUUGGAGUGGCUGCUUGGGGUAAGGGCCUGGGUCUGGUGUCCAGCAUCCACAUCAUCGGAGGAGUCAUUGCUGUGGGAGUCUUCCUUCUUCUCAUCGCGGUGGCUGGACUGGUGGGUGCUGUCAACCACCACCAAGUACUGCUAUUCUUUUACAUGAUCAUCCUCGGUUUGGUCUUCAUCUUCCAGUUUGGGAUCUCUUGCUCAUGUCUUGCUAUUAACCGAAGCAAACAGACAGAUGUCAUCAAUGCGUCUUGGUGGGUCAUGAGCAACAAGACCCGGGAUGAACUGGAAAGAAGUUUUGAUUGUUGUGGCUUGUUCAACCUCACAACCCUGUAUCAACAGGACUAUGCUUUCUGCACUGCAAUCUGCAAGAGCCGGAGCUCCACGUGCCAGAUGUGUGGAGAAAAGUUUCUUAAGCAUUCAGACGAAGCCCUGAAAAUCCUGGGGGGUGUUGGACUCUUCUUUAGCUUUACAGAGAUCCUUGGUGUUUGGCUAGCAAUGCGAUUUCGGAAUCAGAAGGAUCCUCGAGCUAACCCCAGUGCCUUUCUAUGAGACUCUGGAUCCUUCUGACUUCUCUCCUGCUCUCUGUUCUCCCUAAGCUUUUCCGCCCUUAGGGAAAACCUAGGGCCUAUAGCCCUUUUUGAGAAAAAGGAAAGGCCCUUUGUCACAUCCCCCAAAGAUGACUGAACAGCCAGGCUGUGUGCCUUGACAUGUUUAGGGGGAGCAAGAUUAUAAGGAAUAAAGAGCAACUUCCUCUCUCUCUAAGUGGAUAUGGGAAGCUCCUAGGAGUGCAUGAAAUGGGAUGGGGAUUGGAGUCCUUCCUGGCUCUACUUCCCCUCUUUUCCCUUCCACAUGCUGGACCACCUCAACACAUCUUGGCAUGGCUGGCUCCAAGGGUAAAUCAGGGACAGCCAGGAAAAACCAUCAAGAAUUCUUUCUUACAAUAAGUAGGACCCAGUGUGGGGAAUUCAGUGAAUAUAAGAAUAAAAGCCAUUUAAACUCCA